CGGCCGCCGAUGCGCUGUGACAGCGGCACCGGGACGCCAGGGGGAGCGGCGGCGGCGGCACUGUGGCACCGGGACCGGGACGCGGUGAUGGCGGCGGGCGGGGAGCGGCCCGCGGGCCGAAUGAGCGCCGAGGUGACCGACUCCAACCCGUACAGCCGGCUGAUGGCGCUGAAGCGGAUGGGCAUUGUGGAGGAUUAUGAGAGGAUCCGGCAGUUUGCCGUGGCCGUGGUGGGCGUUGGCGGAGUGGGCAGCGUGGCGGCGGAAAUGCUGACAAGGUGCGGCAUCGGUAAGCUGCUGCUGUUUGAUUACGACAGAGUGGAGCUGGCCAACAUGAACCGCCUCUUCUUCCAGCCGCACCAGGCCGGGCUCAGCAAGGUGGAGGCAGCCAAGGGCACGCUGAGGAACAUUAACCCUGAUGUGGAGUUUGAAGUUCACAACUACAAUAUCACGACACUGGACAACUUCCAGCACUUCAUGGACCGAAUCAGGGGCGGUGGGUUAAUCGAGGGGAAGGCCGUGGACCUCGUGCUCAGCUGCGUGGACAACUUCGAAGCACGGAUGGCCAUUAACGUGGCCUGCAAUGAGCUUCCCCAGGUGUGGAUGGAGUCCGGAGUGAGUGAGAACGCCGUCUCAGGACAUAUCCAGCUCAUUAUUCCCGGAGAAACUGCCUGCUUCGCGUGUGCACCCCCCCUGGUGGUGGCGGCCAACAUUGAUGAGAGGACCUUGAAGCGAGAGGGGGUGUGCGCUGCCAGCCUGCCCACGACCAUGGCCAUCGUGGCCGGCCUCCUGGUACAGAACGUCCUCAAGUAUCUGUUGGGCUUUGGCUCGGUGAGUUACUACCUGGGGUACAACGCCAUGCAGGACUUCUUCCCCACCAUGAGGCUGAAGCCAAACCCGCAAUGUGAUGACAGGAGCUGCUGUCUCCAGCAAGAGCAGUACAAGAAAAGAGAAGCGGAACGACCAAAGACAGAAACAGUGGAGGAUAAGGAGGAGGAAGACAUGAAACAUGAAGACAAUGACUGGGGUAUUGAGCUGGUCUCGGAGAUCUCUGAAGAGGAAUUGAAGGCGGCUUCGGGAAGUGUCCCGGAUUUACCGCAGGGAAUUACCGUGGCUUACACCGUGCCCGAUCAACAGACCGCGCCGGACAAUGCCGAAGUUGUUGGAGACACGGGGCAGAGUCUGGAGGAGCUCAUGGCCGCCAUGAAGAGUCUAUGACCAUCGACCGCCCACCACAGCCGCCACCCUGGGUUAGAUGCGGUGACCCCCCCAGACCCUGGAGUGGUGCCUCUGGGCUCUGGCAUGGACAGCCAGCCACGCGGGGCAGUGGCAUCUAAACCCUGCUAACUCUCUCUCUCCUCCCCCCCCCCCCCCCCCCCCCCGCUCUGUGUCCAUCCCCUUUAUGGUCAGAGUUGCCUGAACAUCUUCUUUGCAUUCCCCGAGCGGCCGCUACGAUUGUAAACGCCACCGCUCUGCGCAAUUAAACCGUGCUAACUUAAAUCCAGCCACUUCUCUUCUCACCCCAUCAUUGAGAAACUUGGUAUUAAUGUUUAGUUUUUUUAGUUUAGAGAUACAGCAAGGAAACAUGCCUCUUCGGACCACCGGGUCCAACACUGUCCAGCACACACUCGGGACAAUCUUACAUAUUUACCAAGCCAAUUAACCUACAAACCUGCACGUCUUUUGUGGUGUGGGAGGAAACCGAAGAUCUCGGAGAAAAGCCACGCAGGUGGGAACAUGCAAACUCAGAAUCAGUAUCAGACUUUAUUCGCCAAGUAUGUUUUGCAACAUACGAGGAAUUUCACUGGCCAGGUCAGUUAUACAAUUAAAAGCAACAGAUCACUCAAAAACACAUUUUAACAUGAACAUCCACAGUGACUCCUACCCAUUCCUCACUGUGGUGG